AGUCAAUGGUAAAUGCAUUGCAGAGAUGUUUGCUGUGACUGGUGACCUGUGUGGCGGCUAUACACCCAUAUGGUUGCAGAUGGCACCACCUUCACUCAUUAUCGGUGAAGGCUGUGACGUUGGAGAAUCCAAACUUUACUCAUACCCACUGAUGUUCUUUGACAUAACGCUCGACAUUAAAAGCAUCGGAGUCUCUUCGACAGAUGAUGCCUGGUGGAGACUGGGGGAAUCUGCGUGUCGACCUGUGACCACACCAGCUAAUACCACAACGUUGACAACACAACCGAGGACAUCCGAAGUACCCUUGGCGAAUCAUGCAAUGAUGAAUGAAACCAUGCAUAAGUACAUGAACAUGGGGCGAUCUGGCGGUGCUGUCUGCAACAACUCCCUGACUGUGAUGACCAUGGUUGUUACGUUGAUGUCCUUUGUAAAGUACUAAUGAAAUGUACAG